AUGUCUCUCCGAUCAGUUCUUCUGGCCACUGCCACCCUCUGCGCAUACAUCGCCAACGCCCACAUCAUCAUGGACCAGCCUGUUCCAUACAGCGUUGACAAAAUCGACAACAGCCCUAUCACAAGUUCACAGUUCCCCUGCAAGUCUCAGAAUGGGUUCACUGUUUCUACAAUGAACAAUAUGGCUGUGGGUUCGCAACAGACCAUCAAGUUCAAAGGCACAGCAGUCCACGGUGGUGGCUCUUGCCAGCUUUCCGUCACAACCGACACCGAACCCACGGAAAACUCCAAGUUCAAGGUCAUUAAGUCCAUCGAGGGAGGCUGCCCCGGUGUUGACGGCACCACCAACGAGUACCAGUUCGAGCUCCCCGACAGCAUUCCCAAUGGCAAGGCUACCUUUGCGUGGACUUGGUUCUCCAAGAUGUCUGGUGCUCCUGAGCUGUACAUGAACUGCGCUCCUAUCGAGGUCACUGGCGGUGCAAGCGACACCACCGCUUUCGACGCUCUUCCCGAUAUGCUCGUUGCCAACAUUGGCGAGGGUUGCACAACUGCUCAGAACUUUGCUACUGAAUUCCCUGCUCCCGGCUCCGUUGUCGAGAAGGGCAACACCAACGACCAGAAGGCUCCUACAGGUAGCUGCGGCGCCACUGGCACCACUCCUGCUGACCCUUCAUCUCCUGCUAGCUCUGGUGCCCCCGCUUCCUCUGCUGGUGGCCAGGCUUCUGCUGCUCCUUCUUCCGCUGGUGGCAACGACGGCAUGUACACUCCCCCCGCUGGCGCUGGUACUACCUCUGCUGCUGCCACCUCUGCUGCUGCCACCUCUGCUGCUGCCGCUCCGUCCUCUGCUGCCGGUGGUGCCUCUGGAUAUGCCUCUACUCCCGUGGCUACAUCCAAGGCUGCUGCUACAUCCAAGGCUGCUGCUACUUCCGCAGCUGCCACAGGUGGAGCUGGCGGUGUCUUCGCCCCUGGAGCCUCCAGCGCCGCUCCCGUUGCUUCGACCCAGACCACUCUCGUCACUGUCACCGGGACGCCCUCCACACCUGUCAAAACGACAGCCGCUGCCUCCAAGCCUGCCGCCACUACUUCUGCUGCUGGCACUGGCACCUCGGGCGCCACACCCACCACUGCACCCGCCGCUGGUGGCUCUAGCUCCACCACAUGCUCCACCAACGGUGCCAUUCUCUGCAACGGUACCAGCCAAUUCGGCAUCUGCAACAAUGGAUCUGUCGUGUGGCAGGCCGUCGCCGCUGGAACAACUUGCUCCAACGGCACUAUCUCAAAGCGCGCCUACAACGGGCGUGUCGUCCGCCGCCACCGCCGCAGCUUUGUUGGCCACGUCCACAAGCACUAA